AAGCACUCCUCCAUUACCUGUUUAUGGGGACGUAUUACCCAUUGGAGUGAGUCAGCACCACCCGACAAGAGAGAGCAAGACGGUGAGAGAGUGUGUGUGAGUGUCGUGGGCGAUCAGAUGCCUCCCAAGAAGAAAACAAAAGUCUUCAAGAGGUCGUUUGUUGGAUGCUGGACGUGUCGUAGGAGGAAGGUCAAAUGCGAUGCUGCGAGACCCCACUGUACCAGGUGUACGAGGUCGAAACUGCGGUGCGAAGGUUAUGAUAUCAAGCUGAACUGGAUAUCGAAUCUUGUGGUGAGAAAUGGUGAGAUGCGGUCGUUGCCCGGCAGUGUGCCGAUGGAGGAAGUGGACUCUACUGGCGGUGUCUCGAGAUCUAAUAUUGAGCUGGUUAAAUGGUGGCUGUACGAUACGUAUGAAGAUAUGGAUGACGAUCUAGCAUUGCUGGAUAAAAAGAGGGACGGCUACGUGGGUCCGUUCACCGUUUUCACAGGGGGCUCAAGAAGAAGACUGGGGAAGGUGGUCUCAGCGAAGAGAAUGUCAUCAGGUCCAGCAUCGGUGUCAACGUCUACGGUGAAGUCAAAGCUGUCGUUGUUCUCAAGCCCUUCAAGCCCUUCGAAUGAUGGUGAUACGGAGGGUAUCAUCGAUUCGUUCAAGUCUCUAACGACAGCGUGCAUGGAAUACAAUGAAGAUAUAACACUGACAAAAGAGUCAGUGUUGCAGCUGUCAGAUUUGAUUCUACAGUUUAUUCAACUGACGCCCUCAUUGUUCGAUGAAACUAUCCAAGAGGAGUUGAAAGACUCGAUAUUUAAGACAAUGGGCAGAUAUGUGCUCACUGAUAGCCCACUAGACCAGAUCCUGCUACUUUCAGCGUCAGUGAUCACAUUGCUGUUCAACUCAACAAUCAAUGACAAGGAACAGAUUGAAAAGAUUAUGAAAUAUAGACACAGCAUUGAUUUAAUAUUCACACAGCAGCUGCACGACUCCGAUAAAGUUAACGACUAUGAUCUUUUACCGUUGUUAUUGCUCUUGAUGAUUAUGAUAAACUCCACUGUGUCGAUAUACGAUGGUGAUUUGUUCAUGUUCCAUCUGUUCACAUUCAAAAGGCAGAGAAUCAACGAAUACUACGAACUCUUCCAAGCAACAAACGUGUUGAUAAACAGCCAGCAGUUUACAUUUGAUGACAAGUUCAAACUGAUCUACGCAGAUAUGCUGGAUCCCAAGUACAACAUGCUUCAUGAGAUCGAGGAAACAGUGAAAAACAUUAAACAACAGAGACCAUGGGGUAGAGUAGCUAUUACUACUAGUGAAACACCGCCAGAGCAAAUCAUGAGGGUUCCCAAGCACCGCUUAGAGGAGCAAGAGGACUCAGAUGACGAGGAACUAGGGCCACCACCAACUUUUACCUUCUAUUUCUCAAACAAAAUGAGUGAUGAUGAAGAUCAGGACAGAUCUGAUAAUGACAACUACGAUACUGAGAGUAUACACCCACCAGAAAUCCAAAGCUAUGAUAAAGACAAUACCAUAUUCGAGUUCCCAGCUUCAACAACGUCUGUAUACGGUAUAUCCUCUCAUUUGGUUUAUCUAUUCGUGCAAAUGUGUCAACUGGUGAACCAUAAACGGUAUUUCACCAAAGUAAGAAUGAACUCAAGAAACUUUGCCAAAGUUUGUGCUGAAUUUGAAGAUUUGUUGCUAUUGAAGGCACAGGAUUCAUGCAAGACAGUCCAUGACGAACGUUGGCUUCAUAUGGUUACCAUUCUCUAUUUCAUCUUGGUGAAAAACUAUCCAAAAUCAAGACUGUCAUACCACUGGCACAAGCUGAGAGAACCCGUGGAGUCUUGUCAAAGUGAAGAAUUCGUUAACAUAAUGGUUGAUACUACAAUGAAUGCUGAAAUGGGUAUACGAUGGUGGAAAAACAACUGGAAGAUCCAGGAAUGGAAAUGGAUGAAACGAGAUACGAGGAAUAGACAUUGGCUCUCUGAGGAGGAUAAACCGAAAGAUCUGUUUAUAUUCUAAUAUGUGAACAGCUUGACAAGGUCAAAGGCAAAGACAAAUAACGUCAUUAAUAUUAAAUAUCAUACUAAGAAAAGGCUAGAAGGUGUAUAAAGGUAACGUACAACCACUGAUGACAUGAGAACACAAUCUCCACCACAUUAGAAGAAAUCCCAUAGUUUCUGAUACCACGU